AUGAAAGCUAUGGCUUUCCCUUUAAGCGACGCGCAGAGUGUAGACCUUCAUCCUAUGAAAAGUAAAAUAAAGUUCAAAGCAAAGAAGACAAGGUUAGCAAGCUUGAAUAUCGGUACACUUAAAGGUAAGACGAGAGAAUUGGCAUCAAUGUUGAACAAGAGAAAAGUUGAUAUAACAUGCAUACAAGAGACGAAAUGGAUAAGUCAGAAGAUUCUAAUGAUUGGAGAUGGGUAUAAAUUGUACUAUAAUGGAAUUGUUAGUAAUAGGAACGGUGGCGGCAUCAUUCUCAGUCAAGAUCUAAGCUCCUCAGUAGUGGAAUAUAUACUACUCAAACGGGUUGAAAAGAAAUAUGACUUUAGAGCUAUUCUUGAUGAAGCUGCAAUGGAAAUCCUUAAGGAUGACCUAGUCAUAAUAGGUGGAGACUUAAAUGCGAAUGUCAGAAAAGCAAGGGACAGCUACAAAAGGCGCAUAGUGGUUUUGAUAUGGAGAAAGAAAUGA